AUGUCGUCAACUACGAAGGGUCAUAACGACUUGUUCUGGGCCCUCAAGGGAGGAACCAACAACUUCGGCGUGGCCACUCACUUUGAUCUCGCUACCGUCGCCACCGAUGGUCGCGUGUUGGGUGGUAUCGUCAACUACCCGAAAUCCUCACUCGAUAAACUCGCGGACGCAAUUUAUGAUCAUCAUGUGAAUCAGGCUGUCAACGAUACCCAUACCCAUACGUUGCCUCAGUUCGGAUACAACGGUACUACCAACGAGACCAUCAACUUCACUCCUGGGGUCUAUAACGCCGAUCUCCAAGGAUUGCCCGACAUCAUGCAACCCUGGAACAAUAGACCUCACUACAAGAGCACAGUCCACAAUCAGAGUUACACUUCGCUUCCAGCUGAGCUGAAUGACGGAUUCCCAGAUGGCAAGUUCCAAGCUCAGCGGAUCAUGACUGUCUAUGAAGACGCCCAAUUGUACAAGGAUAUCUGGUGGGAGUUCCGCAAAUGGAUGAAGAAUUAUCAGGAUGAUUGGAAGAUGCUGGAAACCGCACGCUGGGCAUCCUCUACUUUUGGAGCCACCUUCGACAACGAAGCGGAUUCCGAUCGAGUGUUGUCAGAUCACGACGAAUUCGUUGAGAAGAUGCAGCAAUUGGCCGCCAGUCGUGAGCUUCUUCAUCUUUACCUUAUGCCUACAUACUCUGGCUGGAAUCAGCCACUCUUGACAAGCUACGGCGAGAAAAACCUUGCUAAACCCCGCGCUUCUCAGGCGAUCUACGACCCGACAAAUGUCUUCCAACGUCUGGUCCCUGGUGGCCAGAAACGACCUGACGCUAAAGAAGCAUAG